UCUAUUUUUGUAGCCAUGAACAUGAUCACCUCAUCCAACUUAGUCUUCAGCUUGCUAUUCUGCCUCAUGGUUUCAAUGCUUCUUCUUCCCUUGCCCUCCAAUGGUGCAGACCCUGAUCCGUUACAAGACUUCUGUGUGGCAGAUUUGAAUGCUUCCACAUCAGUUAAUGGCUUUCCCUGCAAACCCGUCUCGAAAACUACUUCUGAUGACUUCUUCUUUGAUGGACUGAGCAAAGAAGGGAACACGAGCAAUCCCUUUGGAGUGAACUUAACAGCUGGGAAUGUCCUUGCAUUUCCUGGCCUCAACACUCUUGGGAUAUCAAUGAACAGAGUUGACUUUGCGCCGGGAGGGAUUAAUCCGCCCCACUCGCACCCUCGUGCGAGUGAGUCCGGUGUAGUCAUUGAAGGGAAGCUCCUUGUAGGGUUUGUGACAACCGACAAUGUGUUUUACUCCAAGGUUUUGAGUGCUGGGCAGAUGUUUGUGAUUCCAAGGGGACUUGUUCACUUUCAGCUGAAUGUUGGAGAAGGGAAGGCUCUGACCUUCACAGCUUUCAACAGUCAAUUGCCUGGGGCUGUUGUGGUUCCUUUAACUCUCUUUGCUUCAAUGCCUUCGAUUCCCGACCAAGUUUUAACCAAGGCCCUUCAAGUAGAUAAAGAUGUCAUCAACACCAUCAGAUCCAAGUUUGGCUUUUAAAAUACCAUGUAUUAUAAGUUUGGUUUUGUUUGAAGACUGUGCUGCUAUGUUGGAAAUUAGGAACAUUAUUAAAUUGUUAUUUAGUUUCCUUUUAUUAGUUGAUUGUGAUUGAU